AUGCUGCUACGGAAAGCGGUCCGCCCGUUAGGGCGAACCCUUGCCAGGACAUGGUUUGUACGUCACUCCACGGUAGCAUCGCAGGAACCGGCCGAUUCCGAUACGGUAUCAAGCGCCAUCAAUAAUCUUUCGAAGCCGGCACACACGAAACUGCCGCAUCGAAAACCGUUCAUGAAGUCGAUGUUUCUCGGCACGGUCGAUACGGAUCUGUUGUCCUUUCCCGAAUCGCUCAACCGUGAGGAACAGGCACGCCUGACGAAACACAAGCAACAGCUCGAACGGACACUUGGCACCGGCGAACCAAAAUCUUCAGCCUGUGCAGAGUUUUACGGAUUGCAGGGACCACUCGAGCACGGUGGUAAUCAGUUCCUUGAGACAGAGCUGGCGUUCGUGAACGAGCUGCUAGCGGAUAAUCGUUCGCAAGCGAUGAUUACUCUGGAGCAUAAUGCAAUCGUGAAACUGUUGGCCCAGCACGGUACGGAUGCCGCCAAGGAUCGGUACCUGGCGAAGCUUUGCCGUGGGGAAGCGGUUGCCGCUAGCGCACUGUACGAGCUAAACAGCUCCCGGCAUACGAUGUUCAGUACGGUCGCCGAACUCGACUUUACCAGCGGCAAGUGGACACUGAACGGUACGAAGGUAUUACUCCGGAACGAUCAAACUGAUCCCGGGCUGAUGCUCGUAAUUGCCUCGACCAAAACCAUGCAAAAGCGUAACAAGGAAGACGGUACGAUUGCGGCAUUUCUGGUCGAUGCGAAUGCGCCCGGUGUACAGAUAACGCACUCAGAGCUUGGCAGUAAAGGUUUGGCCCGGGUUACGGUACAGCUGAACCAUGUGGAGGUACCCGAGACACAUCUGGUGGGGCAGGAUACCGAUGGUGGUAUGAUUUUAUCAAAGUUCCUGUCGGCGGUACGGGUCCAGUCGAGCGUGGUGCGUGUGGCACUGCUGAAGAAGGUGUUGAAUUCGCUAACCGAUUUUUGCAUCAAUUCAAAAACAGCUACCGGCGAUAUGAUGGAUAUUGAGAUCGUACGGGAACAGCUGGCACGCAUGGCAAGCAUCAUUUACGCAUCGGAAAGCUUAAUCUACAUGACCGCUAGCCUGAUGGACGAUUUUGAAAAUCAGGACGUAGAGAUGGAAGCUGCAAUAACGAAAGUCUUUUCCACUGGAAGUUUAAUUAACUUCGCGGCGCUUCCCUUGCAACUUCUCGGUCCCCAGGCACUGAGCAAAGAGUGUAUGUUCGAAGAGCUGUUUAACGAUGCGCUCAAGAUGUUCGUAGGCGACGAAUCAAUCGACUCGAUUAAUUUCUUCAUCGCACUAAGCGGGCUUCAGCAUGCCGGUGUCCACACGUUCGAAACGAUUAAGAAAGAUCGCAACCCUGCCAUGAACCCGUCGUACGUGUUGUCUAAACUGUUCGAGAAAACUUCGAUCGAAAACCCGAAGAAAUUUGCCGAACUGCAGCAAUUCUUUCAUCCCUCGCUGGAACCGGCCGCGCACUGGACCGAGCUAUCGAUCGUGCGUCUAAAGCUGGCGACCGAGUGCGUCCUUUCCCGGCACGGUGUCGAGGUGAUUGAGCGGCACAUAGAGCUGAGCCGGCUGGCAAACAUUGCCACGUUAAUUUACGCGAUGGCGGCAAGUGCUUCGCGUGCUUCCCGGUCGUACUGUAUCGGGCUGCGCCAUGCAGCACAGGAUGUACAUCUGGCGAAUCUAUUCUGCCGUGAGAGUAGUGAAAAAAUUCGUCUACUAGCGCUGGAGCUCGAGAAGGGACCGUACAUGACGGGCGAUGACGAUUACAACGUAAUAGCGCGCAAUUUAUUCCGCGAAAAGUGCUACUAUUUUGAACAUCCAAUAACGAAAAAUUUCUAA